AGUAGCACAUGUUUUAGUGCGAGAGUAAUUUCGUGUCAGGACCUUGGGUGCAAUGUUCAUUUUGAUUGUUGAAGUUUUGUGCUUUUCCUACCCGUUUAUCGCAUAGAAAUAUUUUUUACCGUAGGUGUACGAAGAUCAAGUCAAAACAACACGCAAUGUCAAAUGGUGAAAAUGUUUAAAUUUAAAAGAAGGUUUACUCCAUCAUGGAAUGACUUGUAUUGGUGCGGCUACGCGUAAAAGAGUUCUCUGCAUAUCGUCCCCAACACUUACAGUAACGGGGGAAAUAAAACCGUUUUCUUCGUGUAUAACGACGGCAGGUGAUAACGAAAGUACUGCAUGCAUAUUGAAUAAACCGUGAAUUGAGGUCUGACAUAAGAUAACCUUGUAUAAAUUAAAAUAUUUUAUUUAUUAUAUAACCACCAAUUUUUUAUGAUCUUCUUUGAACUGGUAAAAUUAACUUCAUAAUCACGAUUUUAUGGAAACCUUCCAAAAGCGAUACUUCCAACACAGCCUUAAAGCAGCAUGAAAACUUUGUGUGAUGAUGCGCCAGCUGUCAAUUUCUAUAAUAAAUACAAAAUUAGACAAUGAAUUGUUUACAAUUAAUAACCUAUUCGCAAAUGACACACAGAAUGAAAAAAAAAAUAAUGUUUUGAUUUGAAAGUUGCAAUCGUUCAGUUGGUCUUCAGAAGGAGUUUAGACCUAGAUAACUACUUUGCAAACUUGGCCAAACGUUAGGUCUAUGUGUACGAGAAAUUAGAAAUUUUAUCAUCGGAUUUCAGUUCCCUAUGCUUGUUUGUCUAGAUCUGUCUAUCUGACCGGAUAAAUUACGCACGUGCUCAACAGGAAAAUUUUUCUUGAACCAAAAUGAGUGACUCAUUAUCCGGUUUUGUUUUUUCAAUGAAAUUUAUUAACAUUCACAUUUAAGGCAGACUUGUCACUUGUGAUCACACUCGAUUCGAAAAGGACGAUAAGCUAUUCCAUUGAUGCGAUGACUUUCGUUUCCUUGAAUUUUCUUGCCGGUUUGCUGUUCUUAACGUUCUUUGUGACAAAUCAAGUUUCGGCAAAACCUAUCGAGAUAAAGAAAUGUGACAAGAAGAUGGAAGCUAUGUUAAAGGAUAUAGAGAAACGGCUAGCCCACAUGCAAACUGACAUCAACAUUCUCAAAGGAAAACAGAACCCGAAAGCUAAGAGGAACUGUGCUGAGCUUUACAAAUCUGGUCAAAAAGUCAGCGGAGUUUACGCCAUCGACCCUGAUGGUUCAGGUGCCUUCGAUGUCUUCUGUGACCAAACCACAGCCGGUGGAGGAUGGACAGUGUUCCAAAAGAGAUUGGAUGGCUCUGUUAAUUUCUAUCGCGGCUGGAAUGACUACAAGAAUGGCUUUGGUAACCUGAAUGGCGAGUUUUGGCUGGGGCUCGAUAAGGUAAACCGCCUGACAAAAACAAAGAACAAGCUUCGAGUCGAUCUGGAAGAUACUACAGGUAAAAACGCUUAUGCCGAAUACGACCUGUUUGCAGUGACAAGUGAAAGAGCUAAGUACCAGUUGAGUCUUGGAACCUACUCAGGUACUGCAGGUGAUUCCCUCUCUUGGCAUCGUGGUUCUCCCUUCACAACCAAAGAUCAGGACAAUGAC